GUAUUUAGCAUACUAGUGAUGGAUAUAUUUGUGUGCUGAUAACAUCCUAUUUCUAAUGCUGUAUCUGGCAGCUCUUUUCUUUACUUCAGGUCCUGUCUACUUGGUGUCUAUGGAGAACAAAAACAAUGUGACAGAGUUCAUCCUCCUUGGGCUCACACAAGAUAACACAACAGCAAAAGUGUGCUUCGUGUUAUUCCUAGUCUUGUAUGUCAUUAUCAUUUUUGGAAACCUGCUUAUCAUCGUCACUAUAAAGACAAGUGAACGGCUGGACUCUCCCAUGUACUUCUUCUUGAGCUACCUGUCUUUUUUAGACAUAAGUUACUCUACUGUGACAGCUCCCAAACUCAUUUAUGACCUUCUUGUUGGUAAGAAGACCAUCCCUUUUGUGGGUUGCAUAGCUCAACUGUUUAUGGGCCAUUUCUUCGGCUGCACUGAGAUCUUCCUUCUCACAGUGAUGGCAUAUGAUCGUUGCAUUGCUAUACAUAAGCCACUUCAUUAUACAAAUGUUAUGAAUAAACAUGUCUGUGGCUGUCUGGUGACAGCUUCUUGGGUGGGAGGCUUUGUCCACUCACUGGUGCAGGCCCUACUGACCAUUCAGCUGCCAUUCUGUGGACCCAAUCAGAUUGACCACUAUUUCUGUGAUGUUCACCCAUUGCUGAAGCUGGCCUGCACUAACACCUAUGUCAUUGGUGUCAUUGUGGUUACCAAUAGUGGUCUGAUUUCCCUCACCUGUUUUGUUGUUCUUGCUGUUUCCUAUGUUAUUAUCAUGGUCUCUUUAAGGACAUACUCUUCCAAAGGGCGUCUCAAAGCACUCUCCACGUGCAGCUCCCAUGUCACUGUUGUAAUUCUGUUCUUUGGGCCAUGCAUUUUCAUCUAUAUGCGCCCUUCCACCACUUUCUCAGCAGACAAGAUGAUCUCUGUGUUCUACACCAUCAUCACACCUGUGCUCAAUCCCUUGAUCUACACCCUUCGAAAUGAAGAGGUGAAAAAUGCCAUGAAAAAGUUGUGGAGCAGAAAAGUGAAGAGGAGUGAGAAAUGA